CUCAAGCUCGCGUCAUCCUCGAUGGCCGAGGAAGCACCAUCAACAUCAAUUCACACCUACCACUGCCUGUGCACCACGCUCAUCUUGACCACGACACACGACCUACAAACUCUUCCUCGGCGGCAGGAACCCGUUCAAGACGCCGCCCUAGUCCUGGCUCCGCCCGUCGACAUAGCUAGGUCCGAUGCAAUCGAGCUAGAAAGUGCGCAAACAGCGAAUUCUGUUUUGCUCAACGUUGCACCACAGCGCAGACCCGUGAUAAUUCGAAAGGAAGAUGGGUUCGAGAAAAGAACUUUGCUCAAAUGUGCCAGAUGCAAACUAGUCAUAGGAUACAGUCUGGACGAGGCUCAUUGGGCGGACGUGGAGGAACGAGCAAUGCCACUCUAUCUGCUCCCUGGUGGUCUACUCAGCACAGCGGAAAUGGUAGAGGGCAAGGAACCAGCAAGUCCUGCCUGGGCAGAACAAACAUAG